GAGAGAGAGAGAGAGAUGGCUGGUGCAGUUGCUAGAGGGGCACAAACCAUGAACUUCAUGUCUCUCAAGCCAAUGCUUCGAAAAUCCUACCAUAGGAAAAGCACUUCUCCUGAUUUAAUAUGUGACAAUGUCAAAAUGAACGGGGAGGAAAUGAGAAACAAGAGCCUAGUCGGAGACCGAGACGGUAAUUGGUGGCUUCCCGAUGAUCGGACAGGGAUAUAUUUUCCCAAGGGCCAAGAGAAAAUAAUGGAAGAUGUUCCUCCCACAGCGGGAAAGGAUUUUGGAGUCAAUUGGCUUUCCAAUAAUGAGAUCUAAUUGUUUUAAACCAUAUGAGUUUCUAUUUGAAUUGAGAAGACUCUAUUUUUCUUAAA